CGUGGCAAGUUUACAUUGGUUUACGUUAGCCACGUGCGUGUGUCGUUUGUGUACAAGAAUUUUGCUCACCGUUAAUACGAAUUUCGUUUCGAGAAAUUAAACGUUACCGUUACCAGCAUAACCUCUUUUGGACUUUACAACUUUACAAUAUGUUCUCGGCUAGAAGGUGACGCCACAAAAAGCCACGAGUUCUGUAUUUCACAAUUCCAUUUCUCCGGUUAACGUUUUCCCGUUGUCGAAAUGAAUCUGAAGAAAGUUAAAAACAGACUGAAAGACAAGAAACUAGACCUCAGCCUAUGCGACCUGAAAGAAGUGCCUGUUCGAGAAAUCGCAACUAUUAAGAAAGCAACAGAUUUGGAUUUAUCAAACAACCUCUUAACUUCUUUGCCUAAUACUUUUGUCAACCUGAAGCAAAUAAUCGUAUUAGAUCUUAGUAGGAACAUGUUGACGGAAAUCCCUGAGAACUUCGGGGAACUGACACAGUUGAAACAUUUGGAUCUUUAUGCAAAUCAGAUAAGUAGAUUGCCACUUAGUUUGGGCGAAUUGAAGAAUUUGAGAUGGUUAGAUUUAAAGGAAAAUCCCUUAACUCCUGCUGUGGCUAGCAUUGCUGGCCCUUGUAGUAAUUUAAGUGAGUGUCAGUCUUGCGCUCGUGAUGUUGUUAAUUAUUUGUCGCAAGUAAAAAUCACUAUCGAAAUAGAGAAAUCACGAAGAGUCAACGCCAUUACAGCAGAUACAGAAACAAGUACUAUAUCGAUCAAAAAAGGAGGUAAAAAAAAAAGGAAGAAGGCAGCAGAUAAGAAUAAUAAACAAAAUUUAGAUAAAAAUGAAUCUGAUUUGUCAGAUAAAAUGAUAGAAAUAGAUGAAGACAAAAUGGAACCUCUGAUAUCUUAUAACAAAAAUCCUGAAGUUAAAGGAAAACGAUUUUUUAUGUCUACGAUUUUGUGGCUUUUUUUGUUAGGUUUAUUAUUUGCACUGAUAGUUUUGAGUCCUCCAUUGCAUUUGAAAGAGUUGGAAUUGUUUAUAAGUCGUAUGGAAAUCAACACAUUAAGUGAUAAAUUAUGUUUAAAGGAAUUUCAGAAAUAUUGUACCGAUAUACUCGACUCUUUCAUGCAAGCGGUGAUUAAUAUUUGCCACAAUUUGUAUCAUGCAUACGAGAGAUAUUUUGAAACGAAGACAGACAUUCCACUGGAAAAAUAAGCAUUUUAUAAGACAAAACGAUCCAAUUUAUUGGACACGACUGUUUUUCUGACUCUGAAGCUCAGUUUACGAUUAACGAAUGAAACUUAUCAUUAUUGAAAUUUGUAAGUACGGUCAUGUAUAUAUCGCGAAUAUUUACGACGUGUCAUAUCGAAAUUACAUACACAAGUCAAAGAAUGUUGUUUAUUUAAAAAAGCAAAAUAAUACUCUUUAUUAAUACAUGUCUAUUGAAAUAUAUUAUACUACUUCUUUGGUUA